GACGACCGAGGCGAGCGGCAUACGCGUUUGGCCGCCCGCCGACGAGCGCACGAAUUUAUUACGCGCGUGUUUUUACGCGCGUUGAUACCUGCCGGAACCAUGGAUCAUUUCCAAGUUGUCGACUUCAGCACGUUGAGCGCAGAAAUCCAAAGUUUAAUUAAAGACGCCUUCGAAGUCAGGAAAAGGGCAUACUGCCCGUAUUCUAAUUUCGCAGUGGGAGCCGCUAUUGUCACGGAGGAGGACUCCAGAGUUUUUGCCGGUUGCAACAUAGAGAGUGCUGCAUUCUCACCGACUAUUUGUGCGGAGCGGGCUGCGCUAUCGAGGGCAGUGUCUGAAGGAUAUGUCAGAUUCAAAGCAGUCGCUGUGGUCGCGCACCAAAAUCAGUUUACUGCACCGUGCGGAGUCUGCAGACAGACCCUGAACGAGUUCCGAAGCUCGAACGGAGAGACCGAUGUGUACUUGUGCAGACCUACCAUGGACAAAGUGCUGUGCACCAACAUUUCACAGCUUCUGCCGCUAUCUUUCGCGAACUAUACAAUGGACAAUUUAAGGACGCAGCGUGCGUUGUAAGUGUAGAACGGGAGGAUAUUUAAAUAACCGUUUAAAAUAAUGUUUAAGCUAACAUCGUAUUCCUGCGAUGAGUAACAUAAAUUUAUUAAUUUACUGCCUCUGUUAAAUUAAAUCGCUAAUGCAUAGUAAUUAUGAUUUACUUCAACCUUAGCUUAGUGGAAGACCUACAUGAAUAUUUAUUUAAAUCCUAUUAAGGAAAAUAAAAUAGACACCC